AUGGCCGCCUUGGCAUGCGGCCCCAAGCCCUACGAGGCGCAGGUGAUCCUGCGCGUGGACCGCGCGGGCGUCUUCCUCUACGCGGACCUCGAGCGCUCCAAGGAGGUCUGCACGCUGACGCGGAGCACGGCCUGCCGGCGCCUCGAGAGCGGCGUCGACGCCCAGGGCCGCGCCAAGGUGCGCGUCGAGGCCCUCGACGGCGUGGCCUUCCCGACGGGCUGGGGCCGCGCCGAGUACUUCUCCCAGUGCGCGGCGACGACGGACCGGCCCUUCGACUGGGAGCCGGACCCGGAGCCGCGCGCCGUCGACGAGGGCGACGCGGCCGCGCCGCGCGUGCCGGCCGCGGCCCUCGACGAGGCCUGCCUCCUCGCGGCCAUCGGGCCGGAGGACGUCGUCGUCGACGUCGCCUGCGGCGACGGCCGCGUCGCCGCCUGGGCCGUGGCGCGCUUCGGCGCGCGGGCCGCGUGGGGUCUCGAGAGCGACGCGGCGCGGUACCUCGACGCGCGCGACAACGUCGCCGCCCGGGGCCUCGGCGACCGCGUCACGAUCCUCCGCGCCGACGCCGCCGCCGCCGACGCGGACCGGGACGACGUCCGCGCGGCCCUCGCGGCCGCGACGGUCCUCGUCGUCGCGAUCGAGCCCGGCGCCGCGGACGCGUGGGAGCCGCUCCUCUGGGACCACCUCAAGCGCCGCGACGGCGCCAAGGUGCGCGCCCUCUGCCUCGGCGCGCGGCCGCCCGACGCCUACGUCGCCGCCAAGUGCAAGCGCCUCAAGCACCCCUACGAGGCCCUCGACGUCGACGCGUUCCUCCUCACGCGCGACUCGAGGCCCCGGCGGCGCGCGGUCAAGGCGGUUCCGGCGGGCGCGGGCCGCGUGCGGAUGGUUAGCUCCUAG